AUGGGCUACGAAGAAGACAUAGCUUAUGUGAAGAGUUCAAUGAACUUCUUAACGAACGCUGUUGUUGUAUUCUUUUGUAUAAACUUGUUCAUUGUUCUCUUGGUCAUGCUCCUUUUUUUCUGCGAAGUCCACGGAAUGAUCAACCGCGAUCUCCCAGGAGAGAGAUACAGAGGACGCAAUACAGAUGCAGCAGACCUACUCAAACCCAAUUAA